AAGACGGGGGAUGGAUAGGCCAGCGGACCAACCAGGAACAAGCCGGGAGAACGGAGGAGGGGUGAGCAGCCAAGUAAGACGUCUCCAACAGUUUGAGAUAGCUACUAGCCUACGGAAAAGAUAAAAAGUCUACUCUCUUGUUGGAGACGCCUUAAGGCAAAACCACCCGUCCACCCCUAUAUCUGUUCGCUGGGAGUGGUGCUGGAUGCCUACUUGAUUUUACCUAUGGACUACCGCCCGCGGAUGAAGCCUCCUUUCCCGGAAAAGUACAUCGGCAACUGCGUCGGCCCAGCAUUCGGGAUGGCGCCCAGGGGCGAGCUGGCGGCGGCAGGCGUAGGAGGCCUCUUCACGGCGUGCGCCGCGGUCGCCUCCGCCAUAGACGAAGCUGUGCGCGACAUCGGGACAUAUAGCAUGGAUGCAUGGAUGGACCGCGUCAGGGAGUCAGUCGCGGCACUGUCCGUGGCUGGCUCUCCAAGGUUCCAUGUCUACGAGCUGGACUUCGGAUUUGGCCGGCCGGUGAAGGUGGACAUCGUGUCCGUGGCGAGGACCGGUGCAGUGGCGGUGGGGGAGAGCCGGAGCAGCACCGGCGGGAUGGAGUUUGGCGUCUCUUUGCAGCCGGCUGGCAUGGAGAGGUACCGGAAGUGCUUCGCGGAUGCUAUCGCCUGGCUCCACGAGCGAUCUCGCUGAGAUGAGAUGUGUGGCUGCUGAACUAGGUGGCGGGGCGACAAGCCAAUCUAAUAGUCUACUAGAAGAUCUUGUUACGCACUGUAAAAAAUGGUUUCCAAGGUGGUUCAAACGCAUUUGGAGGGGUGGGCACGCUAUCCGCUUUCCGCUUUCGCAGCUACAAAUAGCUGUUUGUAGGAGUAGGUAACUGACCCGUCCCUAUCAACCGUCUGUGGAGGGUGAUGGCGUCACCCGUCCCUGAAAAUGUCGUUCCUGCUAAAAAAUUCAACGAUUCAAAUUUGAAUUUGCUUUCGUGCCAGUUUUUAGAACUUUUGGU